AUGGCCCAAAUCCGUGGCACCGCGGGCUACAACCUCGGCCAUCAGAACCCGUUCGGCGGGCCUGCCAGCGCAGAUGCUACCAGCGACCCCAGCCCGCUGGAUGCCAUCCGCGAGCAGACGAGUAAGAUCGAGGACUGGCUGGAUACUAUGGCCGACCCGGUGAAGCCGUACCUCCCCGCGAUCGGCCGAUUUCUGAUCGUUGUGACGUUUAUCGAAGACUCGCUGCGCAUUCUCACGCAAUGGAGCGACCAGCUGCUCUACCUCAAUGACUUCCGGAAGAUUCCCUGGGGAAUUACGCACCUCUUCCUUAUCGUCAAUGUCAUUGCUAUGUCGGUUUGUUCUACCCUAGUUAUCGCCCGGAAGCAUACCGAAUACGCCGUGGCGGGUUUGUUGGCGGUGGUGGUCACGCAAGGGCUGGGUUACGGGCUUAUCUUUGACUUGAACUUCUUCCUGCGUAACCUCAGCGUUGUUGGCGGUCUGCUCAUGGUCGUGUCGGACUCGUGGGUGCGCAAGAAGUUCGUUCCCGCCGGUCUGCCCCAGCUCGACGAGAAGGACCGCAAGAUGUACGUGCAGUUCGCCGGGCGCGUGCUGCUGAUUUUCCUCUUCGUGGGCUUCGUCUUCUCGGGCCAGUGGAGCUUCUGGCGCAUUUUGGUUAGCCUGUUCGGCUUGGUUGCCUGCGUCAUGGUCAUUGUCGGGUUCAAGGCCAAGUGGAGCGCUAUCAUCCUUGUGGUGCUGCUGAGCGUGUUCAAUGUACUGGUCAACAACUUCUGGACGCUCCAUCCCCACCACCCGAACAAGGACUUUGCCAAGUACGACUUCUUCCAGAUUCUGUCCAUCUGGCGGUCUGGUCCUCCUGGUCAACAUGGGCCCUGGUCAAUUGAGCAUGGACGAGAAGAAGAAGGUGUAUUAGAGCGGAGCACAAGAAGAUUGAGAUGGUCUUCCUUGUCCCUCUGUUCCUAUGGUAUAUCUCGGCACUUGGGUCCACUCAGCGAACAACGAAAGAGAAAGAACUCGAAGAGGUUGUACUCGUGCUCUGCCGGUUCCGAGCAUCCGAGCAUCGCCUCGUCCGAGCUCUUGCGGAGUCGUGUUGAGAGUCAGUGUGUAUGA